CCAACCAUUCUUAUAGCAUGAGUAUGGAUGUUGUUAAUAUCUUUUAAUGUGUUUCAUGUGUUUGUGACUUCACAGCAGUCCAACCCCUAUUCCUUAAUAGAUGUAAAAAGAAGGUACUAAAGACACAAGAUAACACUCCACGAAGGAGGAGUGGAAGAUUGCAGAGUGUUGUGUUCAGGAUGAAAAAUAAGCUGCGUGGGGGGCCUGAGAGAAUUGAUCUUGUUGGUGAAGAAUCAACAACGAGUGGGGGGUCUGCUGAAGUUGAAGGGCUUAGGGAUGAAACAGAGAAAGAAAUGGAAGAGAUUCAAAUAAAUGCUCAGGUAGAUGGUGAGAGGGAUGAUUUGCAUGAUGAGAAUAUGCAAGCUGGGCAGGAUGUAGAUGAUGCAGAUGGGGGUGAAAAUAGUGCAUCCCCCUCUAGUGUGAGGAGUGAUAGUGAUGCUGAGGGAACUGAUGAGGAGGAUGGGGAUGAUGAAGCUGGAGAAGGCAGUGAUGAGGAGGAGGCAGAUUAUGAUGAUAAAGAAGUUAGUGAUGCUAAUGAGGAGGAAUCUGAAGAUUGCGAGGGGGAGAUAAUAGUGAUGAGGUUGAAAUUGCUGGUGUGCAAGAUGAACAUAGCACGUGCCGCUGUGGAAAAGAUUGGGUUUGGGUCAGUUUUAAAACUUGAUAUUUGGGAGUUGCCAUCGAGGUUGGGACUUUGGGUAGUGAGUAACUACGAUGCUAGGAGCAGCUGUCUAAAACUUCUGGACAAUAGAAAGAUGCACAUAACUGCUGAGGAUGUUAAUACCGUCUUGGGGUGGCCGAUUGGUGGAGAGCGCAUUCCUAAUAACAAGCGUAGUAAUGACAAGUUGUUGUUGGAGGAGUGGAGACUAAAGUUUGAUACGACGGGUAUUGUGGAGAAGAUGCUGCAGUGCACAGAUGGCGGGGAGUGGUUUGUGAGGCAUUUUGUGACACUUAUUGUGUCGGUUCUUGUGGAUAGAACGUCACACGGUUACGUGAAUGCCUUGGUGUUGGACCAUCUGAGAGAUGUGGGGAGAGUUCCAAAAUUGAAUUGGUGUCAAUAUGUGCUUGACAAGCUGAUUGAGAACAAGCUAAAGUGGGAGAAAAAAAAGAAGCAGUUAUUCAGUGGUCCACUGCUCUUUCUAAUGGUCUUCUAUGUUGAUCGUGUUUCUGAUUUCUCAAGAACAGUUCCUAGGACAUAUCCAGCUGUGUUGGCCUGGAGUGGAAAGGAGCUGCGAAAGAGAGAGAACAGUGAGGUUGUUGAAGGGGGAUUUGGUUUAGGCCAUGAUGAAGGACGUAUGAGUCGUGAGAUACGAGAGGAGGUGAACAGAGAGCUGAUUGAGAGAGAAAGGAAGGCUACAGAGGAGAGAGAUAAUACAGAUCAUGAAAAUGUAAUCAUUGAAGAUUCAGAGGAGAUUCUUGUAAGGAAAAUUGCGGACAAAAGCAAGAUCCUAUCAAGCACAGUUAUUGAUCUACUAAAAAUGAUUCAGGAUGCACCAAAGUCGAUUGGAAAGAAUUUGAUGUUUCGUAAGAUGCGUAAUGUGUGCCAUAGAGUAAUUGGCAUAAAUGUUGAGAAGAAAGAUAAUUUUGAACAAGGUGUUGAGAAUAACGAUAUAGACAUGUUCGAGGAUUCAGAAUUCUGGAGUAGUCCUGAGGUUUUGGCAGCGGUUGAUAAGGCGGAAAAGGGAGCGGAAAUGCGGAAGAAGUAUGAGGAUUUUAUAAAUGAUGUGCCUUCUUUCAGUCUAGGGAUGACACAGGUUCUUGAAGAAGAAGGUGGGGGUGUAUCCGAGAUGGAAAGCACGUGUGAGAUCCAGAAGAGCAGUGAGGUGAAUGAUGAGAUGACGCCAGCGAACAUCACUCAUGCUGAUCCUCACAACACCCCGAACAUGGCUGGUCCUCUGGACACCCCGAGCAUAGAACCUGAGCAGAACAAAGAUAUAGAGCAAAAUAAAGGGAUGAUUGGUGCAGAAUGUGAUGCAGUGCAGAACAACCAAGAUUCGAACGAUGAGAUGGAGGUGACGGUUGAAGAGAGAAGAGUUGAAGGAGGUGUUGGGCUGAAAAGGAAAUUUGAUGAGGUUGUCCAAAAUGCAAGAGAUGAAAGGGCAAGAAGAAAGACCAAGAAAGCUUUAACGUUGAAGUCACCUUACCUGACAUGGGUGAUUGAUCCAAGAGAUAAUGUGAACACAUUUGAAAAGAAUUUUUGGAAGUGGGUUGUAAGCAAGCAAGAUGCUGACAGGAAUGACAUUGUGUUCAGUGGGUAUAAUAUAUCGGUUAAACGUGGAGACCUUCAGACGUUGGCGACUGGCCAUCACAUUUCUUCACGGGUAGUGGAUGCUUGGUCUUGCAUAUUGAAUCACAAGGAGUUGUUUCGUAGUGUUGCAUCUCCAGACCGUUUUUUUGCGAAAACAAUUAGAUGUAUGUUCAUGAGCGAGGGGGAGAUGGAAGAGAAUGCUGAUGCUUUUAAGGUCAUUUGUGAUGCAUUGGAAUAUGGAUGGAGCUUGACUAAUCCAUGCGAUGUUGAUAUGAUAUUCUUCCCAGUAAUGCAACACCGUUGGUGUUAUUGCAUAUGUGUGAACCUGAAGGGGAAUGGGGUUGAUAUUCUCGAUAGCUCAUCAGCAGGCGUUGCAAAGAUUAAAAAAUAUGACAAGAUGCCAAGCGUUGUUCGAGACAUGGUCGUAAAAUAUUUCAAGAGUAAAGGACUGGAUGGCCGGGUCGAGAAACUGAAGACGCAAGAACCGAAACGAUUGCAACUGGCGUGGAGAGAUUCGACUGCUGUAUUCGAUUAUGGUGUGAUUACAAUGUGGCACAUGGAGACGUACACAGGGCAGGAAUUGAAGCAGUGGGAAUGUGGCUUGAAAAAGGGGGAUGAGAGGGCGGUGAAUGCACUUCGUACAAAGUAUUGUGCUGCGAUAGUUGAAUCAGAUAUCAACGAGGUUAAGGACAAGAUAAGGCAGCUGGUGAAGCACUCGAGUGGUUGAAGACUACAUGACUUGAUUACAAAUUCAUGUUUCUGAUGCCUGACUUUUUCAUGGGGAUUAUGAUCUAUUCUGUUUUUUUCUAGAAUUGUCAAUUUCGUAUCCUUUUGAGUUUUGGUUUCAUGGAGCAACCCUUGAGUGAGUCGUUG